AGAAGAAGCCGACUGAACGGUGCACCGGGGCAUUCUGGGAUAUGAAAUGAACCACAAUGGCGGUUAAACAACAAGCAUGUCAUGUAGUGACUCUGACGUGUUUACUUUUAUCACUUCUGCUCCAAACCUGUCGGAUUUUUGCCGAAGAACUGCAGUGGGACCAGAAUGGCUACGUGUUGUACUGCCCGUGCAUGGGUCGCUUCGGGAACCAGGCAGAUCACUUCCUUGGCUCUCUGGCCUUUGCAAAGAUGUUGAACCGAACCCUGGCAGUCCCUCCCUGGAUAGUGUACCGACACCACACAGCCCCUUACACCAAUGUCCAUGUUCCCUACAGUGAGUUCUUCCAGCUGGACGCCUUGUCUGCAUACCACCGUGUGGUCAGUUUGGAGGACUUCAUGGAGAAGCUGGCUCCCAAAUACUGGCCCUCAAAAGAAAGGAAAGCCUACUGCUUUGAGACUGCUGCGCAGCGGAGUGCAGACAAGAAAUCCUGCCCCAUGAAGGAUGGGAACCCAUUUGGUCCAUUCUGGGACUACGUCGGUGUGGAAUUUGACACGUCUGUCUUGUUUGGUGGUAUUUCUUUUAGUGCCCACCACCAACCUCAGUGGAUGAAGAAGUUCCCUCCCUCUGAGCACCCUGUCCUGGCACUGCCUGGAGCUCCUGCCCAGUUCCCAGUGACAGAGGAGCACGUUGGCCUGCAGCGCUACGUGGUGUGGUCCGACAAGAUGGUAAAGGAGGGAGAAAAUCACAUUGCUGCCCUGCUGACCAGGCCAUACGUCGGCAUUCACUUGAGGAUUGGCAUUGACUGGCAAAAUGCCUGCAAAAUGCUGCAGAGUGGCGAAACAGGACCUCACUUCAUGGCCUCUCCUCAGUGUGUUGGCUACAACCGCCAGACCUCCUUGCCUCUCACCAUGAACAUGUGCCUUCCUGACCUGGCAGAGAUCCGCAGGGCUGUCAAGCUGUGGGUGAAGAAGACCUCUGCCCGCUCUGUCUACAUCGCCACUGACUCAGAAUCCCACAGCAAGGAAAUUGAAAAGCUCUUCAAGGGCAAGGUGAAAGUGGUGAGUCUUCAACCGGACUCGGCCCAAACGGACCUGUACAUCUUAGGCCGAGCCGACCACUUCAUUGGCAACUGCGUCUCCUCCUUUUCCGCCUUUGUGAAGAGAGAGCGAGACGUCCAUGGCCUUCCAUCCUCCUUUUUUGGCAUGGACAAGCCUGGGAAAUUAAAUGACAAAGACGAAUUCUGAGCACAAGGGGUCACGUGGUCGUCCCCUGGAUGUGCUAAUGCUGGAGGACUGUCAUGAGGAGACGAUGGGAGCAUGUGGAAGGCAGACACAUAUUUGUAUGUGACGUGACGGUUCAUGAAGGCCGGUCCUAUUUUAGAAUGGGUUUUAAUCUGUGAGAAAGGGCUUAUAAAAUAUGAUGCAGCAGGUCAGUAGUGUAAUGUCAGAGAAAUGCUUUAACAUGGACACUGCUGCUACCAACACUUUAUUUUUGUCUGUUCCCUGCUUGAAAAUCCAGUAUUUGUAUAUUCCUGCUCAAGAUUUGGCUUCUACCUGUAUGCGUUCACUACACUGAAGCCAGUUUUCCUUUGCACCAGGGAAAAACUCCCUAACAUUUCCUUUAACUACUGCCAUAGUAUGUAGCUGCAACCAUGUUUUGCAAUUCAGACAUGUUAGCAGGACCUCUGGUGACCUCAAUGAACCCCGUAAAAGACUACAGUGCCAGCGAUCCUGUUCUCCCUCUACCUCUUUCUCUCCCCGCCUUUCCAUCCUUCCAUGUCUUUUCCAGCUUGCUCUUUUACUUUCCUCUCUGCCCUCCAUUCCAAGGAGAGCACAGUAACUGAUCCUCCUGUACAUACUAAUUAUAGGGAGGAAAAAGGAGACAAGUCUUUCCACCUCUCAAUUUACCAGGACCAAAAAACUGAUGAAAUGUACUGAAUGUUGUGGAGACAAUAUUGUUAUUCAGAGAAUGUGAACAAAUGUUUUGGGGGGAGACAAAUGAGUAGAUUUGCACAGGUUGAAUUGAAUAAAUGCAAGUGGGGGAUGUGUAGCAAGCUAAUUGUGUGAAAGCAGUGAAUGCAAUGAUUUUGAAGUUUUCUAUAAUGUUUUUCACCAAUAAAGUGAUACACACUAUUUUUUUUAAAGAACCAGCAGCCUCAGUGUGUUUACCUCCCUCACUGGCAGCUUAGCUGUGAGUGCAGUUGGAUCAGCUGAUAUA